UCAACUGAAUAUCAUCGAGCAAUUGUGAUACUUUUCAACCGCUUAUGUGGGUUGCCAGUCAGAGUAUAUUGGCGCGCCGUUCCUUGGCAGUAUUUUUUUUUUAAAAAAAGCAACAAUGCCUGGCCUAACUUAUUCGAAUUGAAUAGCAACACAAAACGCAUAAUUGCGCUUUCGCUGGGCCAAGCCGGCCAAUAAAAGUGCUGUCCUCAAAAUAUAGUCAACAGUGCCAAACCUUUUGCACGCCUGCAAAUGUAAAAAAAAUAGCUUGGACAAUCUUUUUCCGCAGCUUUUAAAGUCCGAUUGUGCUUCGGAGUAUAGGCCAAUGAAAACGAUUUGCCCACGGCUUGAGCGCGAUCACACAAAUACGUCAUGCCACAUUUCCUUCCAAAUGCAUUUUGCAAAACGAUACAGCAGCGGAGGGGGGGUGUAUACUGCCGCCACCAUUAACCCACCCUCUUGUUGCUUCCUUUGCACAUUCUCUAAUUACAAUCUGGCAUUCAUCAAUUGGCAGCAAAGGAAAAAGGAACAACCGCGAGCACAAGCGUGGCCACGCUGCAAUAAAUAUCGCAGGCGCCGCCGGCUCCAUUUGCUGACAGACAACAAAAAUAAGGACAUUUAUAACAAUUCUUUUUCUCAUCAUCGUCCUUUUGUAACAACUAUACUUUUUUGCUCAUCAACCACAGUAGCUGCUGGUUAUAUUUCUCUUUGUUCUGUCGCUUGUUCUGCCACACCUUUGAUUCUGCCUCUGCAAGCUCGGGAAUUGCCGGCUUGCUGUAAAGUCAAAUACUGUGUUGUCUCUGUUCCACGUUAUCCCCGUGUCCCUUCUUCAAAUCACACUUUUCUAUUUUUCCUUCCUUUCAUCUUUUUUGUUUUUCCCCCUCCUACCUCCCACGUUGGCAAGCGCCCUGUUUUUAUUCUGAACUUUGCUCUUUACACACCACAUUGUUUCUCUUUGGCGAGGGGCAGUUUAAUAUAGCGCAUUACUAGCCAAAUAAGAGGAGGUUUGACGUUUGGCGUUUGACACUUGUCAUUUGUCGUUUGGCACCCGCUAGGUCUUUAGAUUCCUAGCCGCACAUUUUGUAUUUUCAUUUCUUAAAUAUCUUAACUUUUGCACCUGCACCAAUCUGCACCAAUUUGUACCAAUCUGCCUAC